AUGUCAUUCCAACAAAGUAACAACAAUAAUAAUAGUAAUAAUAGUAGUAAUAAUAACAAUAGUGAUGGCUCGACCAUGACGAAGACUACAAUGUUAACUCUUGGAAAGAGGAGUAGUAGAGAUGCUGCAUUGUUGGAUAUGGAUGUUAUCACUUCAACAUCAUCGGACAAACUCAAUGAUGAUGAUGACCAUGAUAACGAUGACAAUGAUGACGAUGACAAUGAUGAUGAAGAUGAUGAUCAAUACAGUGACUUUGAUGGAAGGCAUAUUGAUCACCUGGAUCUACAUGACAAUGAUGACGAAGAUGAAGAGGUAGUGGAACGAGAGGACGACGAAGAUGAAGAUGAAGACGAAGAUAAAGAACACGAAGACGAAGAUGAGGAAGAUGAAGAAGAUGAGGAGCAGGACGAAGAUGUAAAGGUUCAAACUGACAUCAGUGAAUACGAAGAAGAUGAUGAUGUGAGCGAUGAUCAAGAUGACGACGACGAUUAUGAUGAUUAUUCGGGAGAUGAUGUACAUUAUGUAAAAGGCGAUGAUGACGACGAUGACGAUGACAGUGAAGUGGACCUUCAGCGCAAGAGUUGGACCUCAAUGAAGAGGCCAAUGAAGAGGAAGAAUGACGUGGUCAUGAAUGAGGCCACAUAUAUCCACACCAUACAACUACAGUCAACGUCUGCCAGCAUUGGCAGCGACUUCCCCGACUACGACAAUGCCAGUGACGACGACGACGCGACCAAUGGCAACAACAUCGACCAUGAGGAUGACGAUGAAGACGAUCCCGACCACCAGACCAUGUCAUACAAGCUUCUUUCACAGUCGCGUCCACUUGAGGAUAUAGACGCGUCAGCAGAAUCCGACACACGAUCACUCUUUAUACAUGCGCGUAACAAUCUACACGUGUCAACCAUACCCACGAGGAUGCCCUGUCGCGAGAAGGAGAAAGACACCAUUGCCAACUUCCUCGAACUGCGACUCAAGAAGGGCAACACAUCUGGUGGAUGUCUCUACAUUGCCGGCAUGCCUGGCACUGGUAAGACCAGUACCGUCAAGGAGGUCAUCCGUGAUCUCCAAAAGAAGCGAUCAUCAAACCAAGUCGAACCAUUCGAGUAUAUCGAGGUCAACUGCAUGGAGCUGAGCGAUCCACAUCAUUUGUACAUUGCAUUGUAUCGCAAGAUCAUUAAGAAGCCCCUGCCAAGGGUGACGGCUGCACAUGCUCAGCAGCUGCUUCAUACGAAUCUGUCAUCACGCGCCAAGAACCGCCCUCUGCGAAUCAUCCUCGUGGACGAGUUUGACCUGCUCAUCACCAAGAAACAGACAAUCAUUUACAAUCUGUUUGAUUGGCCCAAUCGUGCGCGAUCCAGACUGGUGAUCAUCGCCAUUGCCAACACAAUGAACCUGCCCGACACACUCCUGCCUCGUGUGCAGAGUCGUAUGGGCAUGCACCGUCUGCCAUUCAGCUCUUACACAUCGGCGCAGAUCACUCGCAUCGUUCGCAGUCGUCUUGAGGGCCUCGAGGCCUUUGACCAGGACGCCAUCCAGAUGUGCGCCAUGCGUGUUUCGGCAGUGUGCGGUGAUGCCCGACGUGCUCUCGAGAUCUGUCGUCGUGCUACCAUCCAAGCGGAGGAGGAGUACGUCCAGAAGCUGAAACAGAACGCCAAUGAACGUCCAGACAAAGUGAUGGUCCAUCACAUCGAACAAGUGCUGGACCUCUUCUCCUCGCCCAUCAUCGAUUCAAUCAAGAGUCUAUCCUUCUACGAGAAGGUGUUCCUGUACUCCAUAUACAAAGAGCAGAGGUCUGCUGGAGUGGCCGAGAGUCAUUUUGGCAAGGUGUACAGCAAACUCCGCGACUUUUGUUUGGACAAAGCGAUCAUCAUACCUACACACCAGGAGGCAGAGUGGAUCUGCGGCAGUCUGGGUGCAGGGCGAAUGAUUCUCGUCGAAGAGAUCGUCACUGGCUAUGACCAAAUGAUCAAGCUCAACAUCUCUCUGGAGGACCUCCUAUUCGCACUUGGUCAAGACGAGAAGUUCGCCAAGUAUCUCAGCAUUGAGCAACAACAAUGA